AUGCGACCGUUCGUCGCACAAAUAGGCGACAACACGUCCCCUCCCAUCUCCGACCCAUCGCCCCUCCUCACUCGCCGCCUGGGCUUCACCAUCAAAUACGAAAGAGACGACCCCAUUGACCCUCGGGAACUGUCCGAGCUGCCAGAUGUCCGCCUGUGGUUCGUCCGUCUGGAUGCCGCCUACCCGUGGUUGCCAGCAGUGCUGGACUGGCGUGCGGGAGAGCUGGGCCGGUAUGCUGCAAUGUUGGUGCCGCAUCAGUGCUCCAGCAGCAACACCAUACAGUGCAGAUGUGAUGGCCUCUUGUGGGCCCAAAACCACGCCAUGCAUGAAGCCGAUCAACCCACUCCCAAGGCCGAGAGGCACGGCCACCAAGAGGGCGAGAGUGGCAGGAAGGAAGACAGAAGGACUGCUCAGAUUCCGCAUGUUGAAAAGUGA